AUGCCACCCUUGGCCCCGCCGGCUUCGAGCGCUGCGGGGCCCGUGGCCGCCCCUCAGGUGUCUCCGUUGCCUGCGUCGGCGUCUCCGCCCAUCGGCGGCGAAGACGUCGGCGCGUUGGUGAUUGACAUCGGGACGCACACGGUCCGGGUGGGGAACGGCCAGGAAGACUGUCCCCGUCAGUUUUUCCUCUCUUGUGCGGGUUGCGAGACUCGCGCGGAAAAACAGACGAGGACACCUCCUCCAGGCAGAUCCUUCUGCGGCAACGCCGAGGCGUGUUGCUGUUGCCGUCACGCUGGACGGACCCCGCCUCCCUCCCCCGCGCGAGAAGCUUGCCACAAUGCGGAACCGUCUUCGGUUUCUUCUGCCGGGCAAAACGAGGCUACACAAGCGACAGAGAGAUCUGGAGACGCGAAGGCGACGUCUCCGGGGCUGUGCCCCACGUGCGCCUGUUUCGGGUGUAGCGCAAGGCGUUCCGACGCCCAGCUCGUCUUCCCCCUGAGUGUGUACGACCGAAGACCGCACUGCGAGGUGCGCAAGUGUCUCUCCUAUGAAGUCGCGGAGACUUCCUCGCCCGCGUUGGACCCCGAGCUUCGCUUCGACGGCGACGUCUUUCGGACUCUCGUCUACCGCACCGUUCAAGGAUCCUCUGUGUCUUUCCGUUGCGCCCCGGCGCCUGCCAAGCUGUCUCCGGAGAAAGACUCCAAUCUGUGCACCUGUUGCUGUGCCGGUGUCCUCUCGCCACCCUGGCCUUCGGGUUCUUUUCCGGAGCCUUUCACCACGCUCGCGACGGGCGGCCUCGGUGUGCUCGUGAGUGAGCAUCCGGUCCUGCUGUGCGAACCGACAAUCACGGACGAGGCGUUCCGGAAGAAGACGGCCGAGAUCCUGUUUGAGGAGAUGGCUGUGCCUGCCGCGUUCUGGGCCAAGCAGGCGACGCUGGCUGCGUUCGCAGUCGGGAAAUCCACGGCGCUCGUCGUCGACAUUGGCGCCUCUGGAGUCACCGUCGCGCCGGUCUACGAGGGCUACUGCCUGCAGAGAAACACGCGAAAGUACCCCGUUGGGGGGGAUUUCCUCGACGAGCAGAUAGCCCGUUUUCUCGCGAAGGAAAGGCGCGCGCGCGGCGAUGCGCGCUCGACAUGCGGAGUACAGGGAGCCGCGUCAGAUCGCCGGGGAUGCUUCGGCGGCCUCUGUCUUCCGGCCUUUGCGAAGAAGACGCGGUCGAUAGACAAAGCUGGAGAGGAGGACGAAGCGGAAAACGUCGAGGCUGAGAGUGGGAAGGAGGCAAGCGAGCGGGGUGGAAAGGAGAGUGAGAAGACUGAGAAAGAGAGCGAACUGAGCCGCGGAAAAGACACGACUGGAGAAGAAGGUCGAGGGCGAAGCGAGGCAGAAGACGACGGGUUUCCGGACGUCGAUCCGAGCCUCCUGGCCGCCAGCACUCAGGAGACAGUGCGCGUCUUGAAGGAGACUGUGUGCCGCGUCCACGUCGACGAGGAGGAUGAAGACGAGGAGGAAGAGGAAGACGAAGAGGGCGAUGGCGAGAACGGGGAGGGAGGACGGAAACGAAAGAACGGGAAGAAGAAGGCGCCGGGGAGACCGACACAGCGGAAGGGGAAAAAGGCGGCGUCAAGUGGAGAGGAGAACUCGAGUGGAGGCGAGGGAGGAGACAAGAAGAAAUCCGUGUUUGGGAAAAAGAAACGCAAAUGCCGAGCUGCCGCGACGGGCCGAGCCCCCGCGCUCUACGAACUCCCAGACGGAUCUUGCAUCGACUGCGACCGCCUCAAAUUCGACAUUGGAGAGAUCCUCUUCCGCCCUCGCGAAGCCUUGCGGUCUCUCGGCCUGUGGGAGGAAGAGGGCGAAGAGAAAGACGCACUCGAAGCGAGGAACAAGCUGAAGAAAUCCCAAGACAGCUACUGGGAGGCACGCCUAGGCGGAUUCGAAGGCAUCACCAAGGCGAUCGAGGCCUGCAUCGACUCCUGCGACGUGGACGUACGCCGCGACAUGCUGGCGUCCAUCGUCGUCACGGGGGGCGCGAGUCUGAUGCCAGGCUUGCUGGAUCGGGUGUCGAAGGAGCUCCACUCGCCACUGUUGUUUCCCUUUUGCAAUUCGCCCGCUCUGAAAGUCCGCGUGAUUGCACCCAACACCUCAGUCGAGCGCGCCUUCUCCACGUGGCUCGGCGGCAGCAUUCUGGCCUCGCUUGGAACUUUCCAGCAACUAUGGAUCAGCAAGCGCGAGUACGAGGAGCAAGGCAUGGAAAUCAUAAGCCGCAGGUGUCGAUGA